UAUCUAGUCACCUUGCAAGUAACAUUUCAGAGGAGCUGUCAUUUGCAACACUCUUAAGAGUUCGGAGAAUGGUGACAUAAAGCACUCAUGGCCAAGACCUACCCCGUGUUACCUCAAAUUGGAGCUGGUAUCCUCAUCAUUGGCUUUGUCUUCCGAGAUAUCAAGGCUUUGCAAGCACUCAUCGAGAGAUACAGAGGUGGAACAACCGAAGCAAAAUCCUACAAAUCGAAAUGAGUAUGGAUUUGAAGGACCCAAAGACAUUGGCCAAGGCUGUGGAGGCUUUGACAACUUCGGGUGUAGCAGAGCUGGAUGAGAAGGAGUUGAAAAAAGUUAAAAAGAUCUGCAAGAGUACUCCAGAGUCCAUUCCGUUCUUGUAUGAUGUGGUCAUGGUUCAACUAAAGAAGAAGCACUCAGAGAUCAGACUAUCCACAUUUCAGUUGAUUAUUGAGAUAUUUCAGAGAUCCCAUGCCUUCCGGGAGAAGAUCGUGAAUAAUCUCCAAGAGAUUUUAGAACUGAGCAUGGAUAUUUCUGGCCAAUUGCCAUUACCAAAGGCUGCUCGAGAACGGUUGAAGAAGCUUUCCUUGGAAACAAUGAAGGACUGGGUUCAAAAGUUUGGCGAAGGAUAUAAGAAGCUUUCUUUGGCCUACAACUAUUUGAAACAAGUCAAAAAAGUAGACUUUAAUGACAUGGAGGCUAGAAGUGCACUGGAGAGGCAAGUUGAGGAAGAAAAAAGCAAAAAGAUGAACAAUAUCUGGAAGGAACGAGUCAAGAGAAUCACAGGCGAAAUGAGGGACGCUCAAGGGGAUAUUCAAGAUUGUUGUACUCAACUGAAAUCGUGCUUUGAGCUCCUGCUCCCGACUUUAAAAAACUUUGACUAUGCCGGUGACAUUGACCUGGAGGCAGACCAAUCCGAGGAUUUCGCCAACUCAAGAGUGCAUGGGUUGGCCCAAUCCUCCAGGCAAGCCAUUCAAGUUGAAGUGGGUGCCAGUUCCGGUCAAAAGUUGAUUCCGACGGAUGAAAAUGAGGCAAUAAUAGAAAAUCUCCGGGAUCAGCAUACAAUCUUAGACCACAAGCUCCUCCCAAUGGCCAAAGCUUGGUGUGUAACCUUGGCCAAAGCUGGUGAUAUUUGCGAUAGCGACUCGCUGAAGAAGGCCAUUGAUGUGAAGCAGAUUCUUGAAGAGAUGGAUUCCAAAGCUAAAGACCUCGGCGUUGAUCUUAAAGGGAAGAACCAAGAUAAUUCUGACUCUGAUACUGACGAUGACGACUUUGUAGAGGUUGAGCCAAAACCAGAUUUCGAGGCAUCUGUGCUUUAUGAGCCUCAAGACCUAAUUCAAGUUGCCACACGUGACCCCCAACCCUCCACUUCAGGAACUCAGAAAACCCAAUCCACAUGGACCCUUUUACAAGAGGAUCAAGCGGACGAUCCAACGACCGCAGCAGCCACUCUAACCAAAUUGAAGGCCCACAUUCGACCCAGCAACCUGCCCAAAAUUGACCCAUCUCUUAGAAAAGAUGUUCCAGUUUUGCCCUAUGAUGUCGAUCUAUACAACUGGGGUGAGGAAAUCAAGCCUCAGAAGGUCAUCAUCGACAACGAAAAGCUCCGGUUUUGGGGAGGCUCCGGGCGUGAUGAUGAUGAAAUGGUGAUUCCCGGCUCAGACGCAGCCAUGAGGGAGAGAUCUAUUGCCUUCACAGGAUCUUUCGAGCCCGUCCAAUGGAGUUGCCGGGCUCCUUUGGCUACUGGUAGACUUUGUCCUCGGAAGGAUCGUGUGAAGUGUCCACUUCACGGCAAGAUCAUUCCUCGCGACAAUAUGGGCAAUCCCUCAAAUUUGGCGGAUAAAUUGGCCUUGGAAAAGAUUGCACAGGACAAAAUGGCAGCCAAUCCAGAUUGGCAGGAUCCCCAACUUCUUCAAGACAUUAAGGCCAGCACAGGAAAGGAUUUAAGAAUUGUCAGGAAAGGCGACAAGAAGAAGCAGAAGCGGAAAUUCCCAGGGUUGACGGAUAUUGGCGCCAUUGAGAACAACACACGUGCUCGCCUAGAGAAGAAGAUUUUUAACCGCUCUUCAAUGAAAAGGGUGGCCAGUACGGUCAAUCGAAUAGAAGCCAACAAAUUUCAAGAUAAAUUUGGCGAUCAAUUUAACUAUGUAUUCUCGAAAUAGGCGCAAUACACUAGAAUAUAUCUAACGAAACCUUA